AUGGGCCUGCUUAACUUCAAACUAACCUACCAGUGGCUCUACUGGACAGCACCUACUGGUGAGCCACCAGCCGCCCCCAAGGGCCUCACAAGGCACUGGGUAGAGACGCCGUCAGGUAGAAUCGAAGUUCUUUCAAAUCAAAAUGCAAACCUGACGAAGUCGAAAACGCCCAUCUUCUUUAUCCAUGGCGGCAUGGGCAGCGCAUGGGUGUGGUCAGAGUAUAUGCAGUACUUUGCCAAACAUGACAUUCCGUGUUACGCGGUUUCCCUAAGAGGACACGGCAACAGCUGGCACCCGUCGUAUUUCAGGAUGGUGUACAUGACCACCAGACAAAAUCUGGCCGAUGAUGCUGUUGCGGCUAUCAAAUGGGUUCAGGAGCGUCAAGAAAGCAAAGUCAUGCUCGUGGGACACUCGAGCGGCGGUGGUUUAAGCCAGGGCAUCCUCUCAGCAAAGCAAGCCCGCGUAAAGGGUCUUGCGCUGCUUGGAGCUGUACCCGGCUUCGGAUCAUAUGGAGUCUACACCAACUGGGCGAUGUUUGACCCUUGGUUCGCUGUUCGUAUGCUGUUCCACGGCUGGCACCCGAACUCGCCACUUUCCCACCCCUUCUUAGUCAAACAAGCCUUCUUUAGCGAUCAGUUGCCAGAAUCUGCCGUCCUCGAGUUCCAGAAGCACGUGAACCGCUACGAGUCCUUCCUCUGGCCCAUCAGUAUGAUGAAACCUUUCACCGAGGUCGUCGACAUUAUCAACUCAAUCAGUGGUUGGGGCAGCAGCGAGCGCAUCAUGGUUUUGGCCGGCACUCAAGAUAGGAUGAUGACACACGACGUCAUGUCGAAGUUGGCUACAUUCUACAGGACGGCAUUUGCGAAGCUCGUGGGUGGAAAGAAAGUGGAUGCAAAGAUCGACGAGGUCAAACCUCUUGGUGGCGAGGGCGACAAUGACAAUGAGGGCAGCGGAGUGAGACUUGCUUGGGUGCCAGGUGCCGGACAUCACCUGCAAAAUGAUGUGAUGUGGGAAGUCGGUGCGAAGAAGUUGCUUGCAUUCUAUGAGCAGCUGUAA